AAGUAAAUAUGCCGCGCUUCAGCAGCACCCUGCUGCUGCUUGUCGUAGCUGUCGCCGCUUCCGCGUUCAUCGUCGACACAUGCGCCGCUGAUGGCGACAGCAGCCGGCGCUUGCUGGCAUCAGGCUGCAAGUACACCAUUCAAGCUGGUGACACCUAUUGGAUCCUCGCCCAGCGGCGUGGCACCACCGUGGGCGCCAUUCAGUCCUUGAACCCGGGAGUUGACCCCAACAGGCUGCAAAUCGGCCAGGUCAUCAAUGUGCCGUGCUCAGGAGGAGGAUCAACGCCGACCUCCACUACGCCAGCUGCCAGAGGCUGCAAGUACACCAUUCAAGCUGGUGACACCUAUUGGAUCCUCGCCCAGCGGCGCGGCACCACCGUGGGCGCCAUUCAGUCCUUGAACCCGGGAGUUGACCCCAACAGGCUGCAAAUCGGCCAGGUCAUCAAUGUGCCGUGCUCAGGAGGAGGAUCAACGCCGACCUCCACUACGCCAGCUGCCAGAGGCUGCAAGUACACCAUUCAAGCUGGUGACACCUAUUGGAUCCUCGCCCAGCGGCGCCGCACCACCGUGGGCGCCAUUCAGUCCUUGAACCCGGGAGUUGACCCCAACAGCCUGCAAAUCGGCCAGGUCAUCAAUGUGCCGUGCUAAGGAGGAGGUGGUGGUAGCAAAGUCCUUUACUCGGGAUCGGGCAGUGGCACCUACUACUACGACCUGCGCACCACGUGCCCCCAAAACCCCGGCGGCUUCCCAGAGAACAACGGCUACCCCUAUUGUGCAAGCUAUGACCCGUCUGCACGCACCUACAAGACUCUCGCUCAGCUGGGCACUAAUAAUUUUAAUUGCCAUUGACCAGAAUGUGCUGUCAGCAAAUCGUGCCGGACUGUGUGGCAAAAAAAUCCUGGUGUUCAAGGAUGGCAUUCCAGUGGCGGCUCCGGACGGUGGUAGCUUCUUCGUGUGGGACGGCUGCGAGGCGUGUGUUGGCGGGGGUCGCAUUAACUUCAGUUUGAGUGGUUUGCAGCGGGUCGCCAGCAAUGCCUGUUCGCUGGGGGUGGUUCCGGGCAUCUCCUGGCAAGUGGUGGAUGAGGUGGUGCAGCAGUUUGUACCUCCGUGAUUGAUGAUGAGAACCUUAUAAUGUCCAGAUAGAUUGGCUACCCUGGGCCAAACCCUGUGACAGACACACGGUAUAGACCAGGAGUGUUUAUGCCGGUGUAAAGUACCAAGG